UUGCUGGGUGUCGUUAGUGUAGAAACUGGCACGGUACAUUCAUCUUAGUCUACAUGGAUGUUUGAGAGACAUUAACAGUGUUUAAUAGUUAAGUGUUUUACACUCAUUGCCACUGGUGAUCCAGCUGGGGUUUCUUCUGUAGAAAUGUUCAAGUGCCACAAGGCGUAUUUGCAUGAUUUUACAGGGAAGUAUCUCUAAAGCAAAGCUACAUAACAGCGAUAUUCAUCGUAAGCUUCGUGCUCCACCAUUUUGAUACCAAGUUUGUAACGAUGCAGCCAAAACAACUGGCAGCAUUGGGGCUGAUCUCUGGCAUCAUCUUUUUAAAGUUCAUCUCAAUGGCUGAGCAUAAUGAAUGUGAAGAUAAAGGACAAUACAGAGCGGCGAACGGGUUUUGCUGCCACCUCUGUCUUCCAGGAAGCAGGUGGCUUUAUGACUGCUUUAACAAUGGCGACCAAUCUGUAUGCACAUCUUGCAUAUCAGGGAAGGACUACAUGGACGUUGCAAACCGUGAUCUUCAAUGCAAAAAGUGCAGCACCUGCAAUCUUCUCUAUGAAGAUUUUCAACAAGACUGUACUGUCACUAGUAACACUGUGUGUCAGUGUAAGGAUGGAUACAGUCGGCCUGAUCCUUCACAGCCUUGUGAAGUUACAUCAAACACAGAAAAACACAUUACAAUUCCUUUUGUAAUUGGGACCCUCAUUCUUUUGGUGGUGGUGGUGGUGGUGGUGGUGGCCGUAUUGAUUUAUCGGAAGAAGAAAUGCUUAUAUCCCUUUGAUGAUUCUGGCAAAGUGACAGAGACUGUGCCCCUUCUUCUUUUGGAAGUGCCCAAGGCUGUCCUUAAGUUAAAUGCUCCCCAACUCUUAAUCGGAACACGGCACAUAAAGAACUUAACAUCUCAGAUGAUGGCAAGACAGCGGAAUGGCUCAAGAGAACUCCAGAUAAACCUGAUCACCCAGAUCGGUUCAAAUACUGGUCACAGGUGCUGUCCACUGAGAGUUUCUCUGAAGGAUGCCACUUCUGGGUGGUGA